AAUUUAUUAUAAAUUCGAGUUGACUAAUGUAUUUAAUAAUUUACUGUUAGAAUGAAAGGAGCUGUUCUUCCGCUAUUACUUUUAAUAUGUGUGCUUUUCGUCCAAGCGAAUAAGCUAACAGAUCACCAAAAACUGAAGAAGCUGACCUCGAAUCUGGUAAAUGCCAUUGCAGAAGCCAAUACUGGUAAGAAGUACGGAUCCAAAUGGGUGCCGCCCCUGGGAAAGGCUCUCGAGGAGGUGCACAAGAUAUCAUCUCGGCGCUGCUUUAUGCUACAAUAUCUGGUUGAAAAGGUAGUAGGACUCUGCCCAAUUCAGCCCGUCUAUAAACCCGCCUGUUAUCCGAACUGCGCACCAAACCCAGAAGCUAAGGUACCCCCACCCGGAAUUGUCAGCCCUGGGUUCAUUAACGCGUAUCCCGAUGGGUCCUACUUUCCCUGGUGCUACCCGCCUGGCUGUCCCAGCCUUUGCAAUCCACCGUACUGCUAUCCCUGUGUAGCUCCAUUCUGCAAUCCUCAGUGUCUGCCACCGAGAUGCAACCCGCCCUGCAAGCCUCCCUACUGCUCUUUGCCACCCAAUUGUUGGCAUCCCAACUGCCCACAGAAAUGUGAAGCUCCCCACUGCAUUCCCGGCAACGUGGAAGACACGUCUACCUGCGUGCCACCGUACUGCCCGCCGCCCAUCGACUGCCAACCUCCGUACUGCCCGACGCUCUUUAAGCCUACGUCCAGAACUGUCAACAUGGGUCAAUGCCCAAUGAGAGAUCUUGCCAGCGGUGUUAUGGGUCAGUUUGGUUAGUUGCCGAGCGACUCAAUGUCUUUCUUAUUCAACAUGUUUGUACUUUUGACGAACUAAUAAAGAGGAGAGUGCACUUCACCAAACUUUGAACUGGCAAGCUGUUUAAAUGAAUAAAAAAAACAUAAAUUAUAGACUCGCAUAAAUUAUAGAUUGCACGGCAGCAUUAUGCCGCUUAUUAUAAGAGAGGCUUCAUUGAGUUGGAAACGAUUCAAAAUAAACGCCUAUGUACGUUUUUCGCACAAAAUGUUUCCGAAAAUUACUUUUAAAAAACAUUUACGAUUUUGUGCAUGGCACAAUGCGGAUAAGGUUAUUUUUUCUAGCCAAGGGCUCUUGAUAUUAGUUUCCCCAUUAGGUACAGUCCUGAUUAUUCCUUUGCCAACCGAAGGUCCACUCGGGAAACCCACAGAAUUGUGUGGCCCCUUUCUUUCACAGCCAGCUCAGCGAACCAGUCCUGAUAUGAGGAUAAAGGUAAGGAAAUCAUCUUGCCACCCGGUUAAAAACUCAAUUUAUGAGUAACUAACUUUAACCAAAGUAAUUUAAGAAUAUUUUAAGAACUUCGCAAAUAAAUUAUUUCAUUAUCGGUGUUUACCGUCAAGAAAUAAAAAACGAAUAUAACUCGCAUGUACCCAAUAAUAAUUGUACUAUAUAUUAUUGAUCGCUGACGUCGUAAGGAUCAAAAUAAAAAUUGGAAAUAAGUACCAAAAACUUGCAUGUACCCAAUAAAGCUAAUUUUGUAUCUUUUGAAAAAUGCCUCUGCUAUUCAUAGACCCUUAUUGUAAAGUACACCUUUUAUUUGUUUCUGCAUACUUUUAACCAAAUUAUCAAAAAUUUCCUUUUGUUUAGUUUUUACUUUUGCUGGAUUCGCAACCAAGAACUACUACGAAAUAUCCUUGCAGUCAUCACAAGUGUCGAGCAAAAUGCAUAAAGAAUUAGCAACCUCGAUGCUAAGACGAUUUUUCUAUAAAUGUUCUUUUUUUUUUUCCUAUGACAGCUAUAGGUAUAAUAGCGUAAUCCGAUUUCAAUGAAAUUUAACUCGAAAUUCAAAAGUCCUAAGAGUUCCAAUAAACAACGGCGUAAUAGUUCACUAAUAAUCACUAGCAUUUCCCAUUUUUUUUUGGGCUGGUUAACAUUUAAUAGUUGCAAACAUUUACUCUUUUCUGCACGCCACUGUAAACAUGUUGUUGAUCACGAUCAUCGGACGAAUGGUCAAAGGCUCGGAAACUACAUGUAUGUCAACGAUAAGGAAUCUUAAAUUUUUUUUCAUUUUCCGUGUCUUUUUUACUAAGGACUUUUGUCACAUCUUUGUCUGCAAUCGGCUUUAAAACAAUGACAUAAGUCAAGACCUAGUUAAGAAUACAUAUGUCUUGUAAAACGAUAAUGUCGUAAUAUUCAUUGAUAGUCGCUUGGAGGACUUGAUUAGUAAUGCAAGUUGAAAUUUUCCUAUAUUUUUUUUAAUGGUUGCAAGAAAGAUACACAAAACCCAAUAUUCGCUCCGCUUUUAAUCGACCUUAGCAUUAUGAGUUACCAUGGCUUUUGUCAAUUUUCCGUAUCCAAGCGGAUUAGAAACUACCACAAAGAUUAAGAUUAUGGGUACAUUUAUAAAAUGAAAUCUUUUUAUACCCGUUACUCGUGGAGCAAAAGUAUACUGUAUUUGUUGAAAAGAAACAGGUCUAUGAGAAGUACCAUAAAGUAUAUAAAUAUUAGUUAUUAUUAUAUUAUUAAUAUAUUCUUCAUCAGGCUCAUUAUCCGUCCGAAUGAAAGUAGAAAUAUGGGGAACUAUAAGAGCUAGAAUAUUGGGAAUAAAACUGUAGGUACUUGUUAUUGGUACGCAGCACGCCGCGGGCGCCAAAUCUAAGGGGCGCAACAAUCUGUCGCGUUCAUAAGGCAGAGAGGUAGGGGGCGCAAAUUUUCCGCUUUGCCCCGGGCGCCAGUAACCCUAGAUCCGCCACUGAACAACAUGGACGAUAUAUUUGGAUUCUUCAUUUAAAUACGCAACGAAAGGUUUUUUUUUUUUGCCACGUUCACUUUUACGCCCACAACUCUUGGGCGCAUUUUUAACGUCAACAGAAUUAAGAAAAAGCUAAUUCAAUAUAGAACUGCCAUAUGAAAGAUCGGAAAAAUCUAUAUAAAAUUAAUGGAACAAAAUGUUGGUUAGCCUUUCAGCAUUUAGUUCGACAUUUGUGAUGAUUUCAAGGGUAUUAAGCUUCAACUCGCCAAAGCUAGCUCCUUUCUUGUCCCUAAUACAAUUUAUAUUUUAAUCCUUCAGAACAAGGGUACAAUAUCCACACAAAAACUAAAUGUAUAUUUAAUUCGCCGUUUUUUCCGACAAUAUGGUCCUAUCCGUUUUGUUGUAGCUUCGGGUUAACGAUAACGUUGUCAUGGUUAUUAAAGUGCACCGAAUUAGUUACAAAAACUGAUGGAUUCAACUGAAUUCAAUGCUUGGCUUGGCCGAUGCCGAACUGCAAACUAGUUCAGCAUUUUGUGCGCACUGGGCUGCACCCGUCCCAUUCCAGGGGAACCGAAAGGCGGGACAGAUCGGGCAGUUACGGCACGAAUUUCAGACCCACACUUGACCAAAUUCCGCAGUUAUUGUCGUCGGCGCCUCCAAAACUUAUUGGCGACUCGUUGCUCGCAAUCAGUGGAGCGUUACACAAGUCAAGUCGGCCGCAAUGAGGUCCAACCCAGCAAAAAACCACAGACGAUGUCUGGCCACAAAGAGCAUAGCAAAAUAAUACAAGUAUGGAGAAGCCGAGAAGAAAAACUUGAACGCUCGGCUGCAUUUGCCUGACUUGAUGUAAUUUGGCGUCAUUGCUCCAACGCUGGCCUCUUCUCCCGCCAAUCGACUGGCUUUUUUUUGUUUAAAUUAAAUAGUGCACAGGGCUACCCAUUA